AUGCCCCGAUCCCGAAGCCGAAGCCGCGAGCCCAGCGAAGGCCGCGAUCCCGAGAAUGUAAUGCGGGGAUACAAAGCCACGCUCCGGAACCCAAACGUCUCGAAUGAGGCCAAGCAACACGCGCAGCAGGAGCUCGAUAGAUACGAGAGUGGUGACGCCACCAGCAGAAGCGAGGAGGAUCGGCAUGCGUCGAAUGUGAAGAGGGGGUUGAAGGCGGCAACGCAUAAUCCCAACGUUACAGACAUGGGGAAGAAGCAGGCGAGGGAUAAAUUGCAGGUGAUGGGGGAGCAGCCUGAUCAGCCGGGUGAUUAG